AUGCCACCACCACCAGCAGCAGGAGCAGCAGCCGCAGGAGUAGGAGAGACAGAUUCCCGGCAAAAGUCAAGCCACAAGCACACGCCAAACAGAGGGGACGAUGGCCGGGGCAAGAGGCCUAGGAAAGGCGACGCCAAGCGCGAGCGAAAGAAGAAGGCCCUGGCGCACGCCUCCGAGAAGUGCGAGUACUACGUCGACGGUCACGGCCUUCGGAGGGUACGGCCGUACAUCUAUAACUUCCAGACGCAUGCCAAGGAACGCUGGCUCGGCCGGACGGUCGUCGACGUCUUCAGUGCCGAGUUCGGCGGCGAACCGCGCAGCCACUACGAGAACGCCAUUCGCGGCGGGCUCCUGACGGUGAACGGGAACAAGGUCGGGGUGGACUACGAGCUCCAAAACUCAGACCUGAUCUGUAACAGGACGCAUCGUCACGAGCCUCCCGUUUGCGGCGGCGACAUUCCUAUCGUCUUCGAAUCUGCGGAAGAGCUCGUAGUAGACAAGCCUUGCACGGUGCCGAUCCAUCCUUGCGGGUCCUACAGGUUCAACACGCUGUUCUACAUCAUGCACCGCCAGCGGCCGGAUCUGACGCUUCGAGUAUGCCACCGGCUGGACCGCCUAACGUCCGGACUAACCAUAUUCGCUAAGACGGCGGAGAGAGCCGGCGUAAUUCAGAAGCAGAUCGGUUUGGGCCGAACGCGCAAGACCUACCUCGCUCGCGUCUCCGGAGAUUUCGGCCAACGAUUGCCGCUCGACCGCCGGAAGCAAGGUUCCCCCUCUUCCUCGGCGGCCGCCGGCGCCUCCGCCGCCGCCCAGGCAAGGGGAGGGGGGGACACGCCCCUGUCCCCGCCUGAAGGAACAGCCGACACGCCGCCGAAGGAGGGUGGAAACCCCUCGGCGGGGGGGGGCACAGGGGACGAGAGGGAAUCAUCCCCUGUUGUGUCGUCGGGAGGCGGCGGGCCGGCGGCAGACGAGCUGUGGUGGAGGUAUGAGUCCCUCGGGGAAGGGGUCGUCAAGGGUCGAUUGCGAAGCAGUGGCGCUGUCAGCGGAGAGGAGGGGGGGCUCGCAGAGAGCAGCGUUUCGUCGGGGCGGGCUGGGGGCGGUGGUGCCGGAGGGGAGAAGGAGGGGGUGACGGUGCGGGUGAACUGUCCGAUAAGGGUGCUGGACCCGAAGCAUGGAGUGUACGAGUGCCACCCGUCGGGGAAAGAGGCGCAAACGGUGGGUGUCUGGUGUGUACCGGGUUCGGCGCAGGACACCGGUCGCCCCGGUGGUCUAGUGGGUAACCUCGCAGCCUGCUAA